AUGUGGCACACCACAAUGUUGAGAUCCAUCAACAAGACCUUAGUCAAACGAGCACAUGAGGUUAGUGACCAGAUCCACCUGAGAGGUGAGCUUGUACAUAUCAAACGUGUUUUGAAAUGUAACAACUACCCCUCACAUAAGAUCUGCACUGAGCUUCCCCCUUCGCGGAACCCUCAUGUUAGACAACCCAAGGCGAGAGUUAUUCUUCCAUAUCUGGGAGCAGCCUCUCACAAGAUUCAGAGGAUUUUGAGAGAAGCCGACAUUGAGGUUCGUCAUAGUUCCUCAAAUAAGCUUCAAUCUGCCCUCACCAGCCAUAAGGACAAACGCAACUCCAAGGACCUCCCUGGAGUUUACCGAAUUCCUUGUGAAUGCGGUAAAGUUCACAUCGGAGAGACGGGUCGUUCCUUUAACACUCGGAUUAAGGAACAUAGGGCCCAUUGUAGGAGAGACGAGAGGGACAAGUCUGCAAUCAUCGAUCAUGCUCAUACGCAUGAUCACCGGAUCCUCUGGGAUGAAAGUAGACUAGUCACCCGUGUCCCCUACUGGCAUCAGCGGAGAGUCAGAGAAGCGUUGGAGAUUGAGGAACAUAACACUGUCCCUCAAGACAGCGGCCUCCAACUUAGCAAUAUCUGGCUUACCGUUCUAGACAAAGGGGCUAAUUUGCCUAAUUAG